CAUCGAUCAUCACAACAUUUUCCCACCCAGUGUAGUGCCACAGAAGCACAAUUCGAUGUAAAUUAUCGCUUUCGACGGACUGUUCGCCAACUCGUCAUUGAACAUAUUCACUCCUCCGCUCAACCUCUUCUUGCUUGAUUCGUUUAUUCCCCCAUCAGUCUCCCUAAUCCUCGUUCUACGCAUAAUGUUCCCCAAGUAGGGCAACGGGCAACGGUCUCUCCCAAACAACAUGUGGCUCUCCCUGCCAUCCACCGACAGCUACAGCUUGACACGCCCUCGAAUCGCCGUCGCCAUCAUCUCAGCCGCCGCAGCUGCGUCUCUCGGAUACUACAUAUACCAGUCGACUCACGUCCCCGGUCCGGGUCUUCAUCGUAGCAAUGCCAUACGACGCCACGCCCGCCGUGCGCGAGGAGCCUCCCUCGCUUCCGACACUCCCCAGCCCCAGCCCCCCGACGAGGAUGCGCGAGACGACCAGCCACCCCAAGACAAUAACCCCGCCGUGGAGGAGUGGUGGGAGGAGGCCGAAUCCAUGCCGCCGCCAGCGCGCGCCGGCUACAACCUCGUCAGCCUUCUCUUUCGCGUGUCGGAGGAUAAUGCCCGCCGCAACGCUUGUGUCCACCGAGGUUGCGGCUGCAACUCGUGCAACAUGAUCCCCAUACGCGGAAUCCGCUACCGCUGCGCCAACUGUGCCGACUUUGACCUCUGCGAGAACUGCGAGGCCCAGGGCGUCCAUAACAAGUCGCACAUUUUCUAUAAGAUCAAGGUCCCCGCGCCUCCCUUCGGGCCCCGUCAGACGCAGCCCGUCUGGUACUCGGGCGACCCGGACACCUGCGUCAGGGUCCUGCCUCGCGUCCUCAUUGUCAAUCUCUCCAAGGAGUCCGGCUUUGAGCGGCCCGAGAUCGAGGCCUUCUGGGAACAGUUCUCCUACAUGGCAAACACCGAGUGGAGGGACGACCCCGACGGCUUGCAGCUGGCCAUGGACAAGAAGACCUUUGAACGCUGCCUUGUACCGCUGGGCCGUUCCCGCCAUGCCACCCCGAACCUCAUCCACGACCGCAUGUUCGCCUUUUACGACACCAACCACGAUGACCUGAUCGGCUUCUCCGAGUUUCUCCACGGCCUGGCCUACCGAAAACGGAAAGACAAGCUCCGACGCAUCUUCCAAGGCUACGACAUGGACGGCGACGGGUACGUGAAUCGCCGCGACUUCCUUCGCAUCUUUCGCGCCUACUACGUCUUGUACAAACACAUGCAUCGCGACAUUCUCGACGGCCUAGACGACCAGCUCAUGGCCAGCACCGAGUCGCAGCAGCUCAUCAGUUCCCGUCAGCCCCUCAGCAGCCUCUUCGGCCGAGAGGGCCGCGUCCCGCGUGCUGACGGUCCGCCUCGAACCCACGGCAAAGUCUUCCAUCCCAGCGGCGACGUCGACCUGGAGGACGAUAAAGUCCCCGUCGUCACCGAGGACAGGGGCGACACGUCCACGAGGGACGACGUCCUGACUCGCCUCUUUGCACCCUCCCUCUCCAGCCCUUCUGCCGUCACUCCCGGCACCUCGGCUGCCAUCUGGUCUGGACACGUCCGCUCUCCCGAUAGCGAGCCGGACACCUCUUACUGGGACGCGCUCCUCGACCCGCCCGGCGCGCUGGACGAUCUGCCCUCUCUGCUGGCCGGCACGCGGAGCCAGGCGAACGGCCUGGACUUGGACCUCGAAGCGGAAUCGACGAGUGCGGAAGAAGAUGACGCCGACGCCGACGCCGACGCCGCAUCAACCGACCACUCGGACGACGACGACGCGGCAGCGAACGAACCGGCCGCCCAAGUCAUCCGCCACCGCCGACAAAUGGCGCCCCGCGUCGACAGGAGACGGCGCGCCGCCGCCCGCCAGGCCCUGCACGAGCGAUGGCGACGGAGGCACUUCUACCUCGACGAGGAGGAGGGCGGCACGGCGCCCGAUGGGUGGGACGAGAGCGAAGACGUGCUCGCCAGCCUCCCCGGCGUGCCCGACCGCUCCUCUUCCGCCCCCCACGCCAAGGCGCCCCAGCACCACCACCACCCGCCCUUCUUCCCACGGUCCCGGUCGUCCUCCAAGGUCCGCUUCGCCGAGGACAUGGACGACAACAUGGACGUGCGCUCCAACCCGUCGACCUCGUCGCGCAGCGUGCCGGAGCGGUGGGGCGGCUUCGAGAUCCCGGAGGAGGAGCGCGACGCCGGCAAGGAGAUCCUCUACCAGAUCACCCAGCAGGCCUUCAACGAGCUGCUCGACGUUGUCUUCAGGGAGAAGGAGGACCUCGCCGUCCGCGCCGCCGAGACGAAGGAGCAGCGCGAACUGCACCGCGAGGUGUUGGAUAAUUUUGACAUUGACCUCCACCUCGAGAACGCGGAGGAGGAGGAGGAGGAGGAGGAGGAAGAGAAGGAUGCCACGGCGGAGAAAAAAGAAGAAGAAGGCUAUCGCGAUCCCACCAUGCCCCAGUUCCGUCCGAACAACGACAGCGACCUCACAAGAACCCCCCCUGCCGCGAAACCGGCCCCCGGGAAGACGUUUUCGGCCGAGCCACAGGUCGCCGACGACGGCGAAGAAGAGCAAGAGCAAGAGCAAGAACCGCCCGCCAAGUCCAAGACGGCCGUCUCCGUCUCCGUGCGGGUGCUGGCGGAAUGGAAGCGGCUCGAUCAAGCGGAGAAGGAGGCCGAGGAACGCGGCGGGUGGGGGAAGCUCAGCUAUGAAGAGUUCGAGGCCAUUUACAGACGGCAUGAGAACCCCAAGCCGGCCGGCAACCGGUUGGAUUACCUGGGUAGCUGGGUCGAUUUCUGCAUUCCCUAG